GUGCUGCUUGUAAUGAUGCUAGUGGUUUUGCAUUAUCAGGUGAAAAUUAUCUUGCCUCAGUCGAAUUACUUAAAACAUGCUUUGGUCGAACAGAUUUAAUUAUAAAUGCACAUAUGGGAAAAUUGUUAAAUUUAGAAGCUGUUAGGAAUGCUAACAACAUAUUUGCAUUACAAUUAAAGAAGUUAAAAAAUGAUACCACUGAAAUUUUGUCAAGUGCUAAAUUUGAAUUACAAGAGUGGGCAUAUAACUAUCCACGAAAUGAAAAGGAUGCCUUUGUUGUCGAACCUAUUUUAGAACAGUCAAAGCUUGAUAAAUUAAAUGAGAAUGAGUUUUUAGAUGACCCUUGCGAAGCUAAAACGGUCAGCAUUUUGGGACUUCUUUGGGAUUUGCAUGAUGACACAUUAAGUUGUGAUAUUAAGGCAUUAAAUGAAUCGAAAAAUAAACUUGUUACUAAAAGAACAAUUUUGUCUGAAAUUCAUAAAAUUUAUGACCCUAUUGGAUUCACCUGCCCUAUAAUUUUGAUUCCUAAAAUUAUGUUACAAAACUGCUGGGAAUUAAAAGUAACUUGGUAUGAAGCUCUUCCUGAAGAAAUUCAAAGGAAAUACGUGAAAUGGAAAAAUGAUGCAAAUCGUUUAACAGAAAUAAAAAUCCCCCUACAGAUGAUGCUUAAUAUUGAUUCUGAAUUGAAAUUAAUCUUUCAAAUAUUUUGUGAUGCAUCCCAAAUGGCAUAUGCAACCUGCAUUUAUUUAAGAAAUGAAAAUGAAACUAAAGUUUCUUGUCAUUUAGUUCAAGCACGAUCUAGAGUUUCUCCUCUAAAACCCACAUCAAUUUGUAUACUAGAAUUAUUAGCUUGUGUUGUUGGUGCAAGAUUAAUGAAAUCUAUAAAACAAGAUUUGAAAGUGAAAGAAAUACGAGCUCUUACUAAUCAUGAUACAUGGAAUUAUGUUCCUGGAAACUUGAAUCCUGCGGAUAUUCCGUCAAGAGGAUGUUCUGUUGAAACUAUUAAAGCCCAAAGAUGGCAUGAAGGUCCAGCAUGGUUGAAGUUGAAUCCAGACUGUUGGCCUACUUGUGAUAUUUCUCCUGACAAAAAUAUGAUUGAUCGAGAAAAAAGAAAGACAGUU